AGCAGCAGCUGUUAAUAGAAAGCUGGCUGCAGAGCGUGUUAAAGUUCACAGAGAGAUGGGACUCGAACCUGGGACCAUGUCUCCGCUGCAGCUGUCUGUCUACUGGCGCCUGUCUCUCGUCUUCGUCUUCACCUCCUUCCUCUUCUUCCUCGACAUUUUCACCGCCGCCAUCGCCGCGGACACUUGUAGCCAUGGUAACGGAAGUGGCCCGGACGCUUUGAAUGCAGCGAUGAACCAAUCAGGGCCCGGGGACGAGUCAGAGGGCCAAGCCGAUUGGAGGACGGACAACCGGCAGCGAGACUCAGUGUGUGCUUGGACAGACUGGUUGUCCUAUGGUCAGACUGUGUUCAUGGUGGGCCAGCUGCUGGGCUCUCUGAUUGGAGGAGAAAUAUCCGACCGGUAUGGGAAGCGUCCAGUGCUGCUGGUGUGUGUUUGUGUGCACGCUCUGUGUGGCCUCGUGCCCGCCGUCCUUCCUCAGCCACUGGUCUUCCUCGCCGUCCGCUGCCUGACUGGUGUCUGCUGCUGCUGCAUCAACAUCUGCUCCUUCAGCCUGGCCGUGGAGUGGACGCCCCCUGCGGCUCGGCUCUGGCCGUCGGCCGUCCUGCCCUUCUGCUUCAGCGUGGGGACGAUGGUGGGAGCUCCUCUGGCCUGGCUCAGUCCCACCUGGACUCACCUGCACCUGUCGCUGGCUCUGCCGCAGCUCGUCUGUCUGCCGCUCUACUUUUCCAUCCCCGAGUCUCCUCGCUGGCUGCUGUUGAAGAGGAAGAUGGACGUUUUGGACCAUUACCGGAGCAACAGCCCUGAAGAUAAACAGUGUGUGGACCUGCUGUUGCACUCUUCCUCCUCUGACCUGCAGAAACCCUUCGAGGUUCAGAAGGAGGAGCCACACACAGGCCCCGCCCCCAGUGACAUCAUCCACCUCCGACACCCGACCAUCCUGCUGAGACUGUUCAUCAUGAGCUACCUGAGUGCAGCAUCAGCGCUCACGUACUUCGGUAUCUGUAUGAACAUCGGCUCCUUCGGCGUCGGCGUCUACUCCGCCCAGUUCUUCUCCGGCCUAUCAGAGGCUCCCUGCCUGCUCGUCCCACUGGUCCGCCUGGGGCGACGGCCAAUCAGCAUGCUCGCCCUCUUCCUGAGCGGGGCGGCCUGCUUCGUGUCGUUACUUCUGUCCAGAUAUGACGGCGAACCAGUGCUGGUGAUGGGUUUGGCUCUGUUGGGAAAACUCUGCAUCCUGGCGGCCAUCUUCAUCUCGACGCUGUACGCCAUCGAGCUGUUCCCCACCGUGGUCAGGCAGCGCUGCGUGUCCCUGGUGAACCUGUGCUUCCGCCUCGGCUGUCUCGUCAACACCCUCGUUCCCCCCAACCCCGACGGAGCAAUCUCAUUGGCUGCCAUGGCCGUGUACAGCAGUGGACCAAUCAUAGGCUGCGGUCUGUGCCUGUUGCUGCCGGAGACCAGCGGCGUGACGCUUCCUGAUUCGGUGGAGGACUGUGACCGGCAGCCGCACUCACAGGCGCCCUCUGGAGGACAUGAUGAGAAACAAACUUUUAUCAUAUAACUUCCUGUUUAAACACUAUUUCAUGAUAUGCUUUUACUUUGAAAAGGUUCUGCUUCCCGUCUGGUUUGUCUUUUGAACAAACCUGAAGAUCUGUUGUCGUAGAUUUCAGUUCUGACUAAGUCGCACCUCGACGAUCUCUGUUCUUAUCUUUAGUUUGAAUCUUGAAACGUCAGUUUGAACAAAGUACGAAAUCUUCAAGGUUCAAACUCAAGACCUCAAAAAACACUUUAAACCAAAGAUUUCUGUUUGUCUCUUUCAAACUUCACCAGUAAAACCAUUGAUAAUAUAUAUUAGAGAUUGUGAAGAACGGUUUCACUAUUUUCAUCCAGUUCUUCAGUGGACGACACAUCGUGACUAACGUAGCUAGUUUGAUUUAUUCCUAAACGUUAAACUUUAUAUUUAAGUUGUAACUUUUUCUUGAUAAGAUGUUAGUUUUAAAGUAUGGCUGCAUGAUGACACAACACUCGUAAAGUCCCAUGAUGCAGCAGUGACAGCGCGGUGAUCCUCAGGGGACACAGAGCAGCAGGUGACAGUUUGUGUUCAGGAAAAAUAAAAACAACACAAUGUAUCCAGAAGAAAACAACAACGCAACAACAUGGAGAUUCUUGUUUUCUCCAGAAACCCUGAGCCGCAAAGUCACGACCUCGAAAUGCGUUCAACAGAAACCAGCAGCUUACAUUUCUUAUGAAACUUAAACUUAGUCUUAAUCAAUUUCUUUAGGAGAGAAGUUAAGUCGUCACCCGGAGAAAACUUGUUUUCAUUAAGUCUUUCAGAUUCUUUCCUGCGAGCGACUUUACGUCGUUUGCAUGAAGAAGAAGAUUCGAUGAAAAGAUGAAACCUGAGCGACAGACUCCAGUCAGGGGAUCAGCCCCGUGCAGCGGGUUGCUGGUUCAGAUCCUCCAGACCCGUCACGACUUCUCUCAGAGGCUGGAACGUUUCCUGUGGAAGAAUCUGUGAACAAACUGUUUGUUUAUCACAAAUCACUGAGUGAAUCCAGCCUGAACAAACACGGAGCCUGUUUAUUUAAUAGAAAAACAACUUUAUGUAAAAGUAGUCCAAAGUGCUGAUGUGUGCUUUUCACACAAAGUCUCACUUAUGUCUGACGACCACAAGAAAUCUACAAAGAAAUGUUUGAAAUCGUAAAUUAUCUGCAGGACUGAAGAGAUUUACGGCCUGAGAAUGAAAACCCGCUGGAGUAGAAUCACUUUCUAUAUAAAGUAACACGAGUCUUUCCUGUUUGUUGGAUUUGAGAACCGACCUUGUGAGGAAUAAUCCUGGAGAGUGGGGAUCUGUAUGUGCUCGUGAGUGAAGCAGUUUCAAAUCGCAGGUUAAACUUUGAGGCGAAUGGGAUUUUUUUAUUUUGACUGGUUUGAUCUCGAAAAUGUCAAACAUGACAAAGUGUUCUGUGAUUUCUGCUCCAGUGAAAAGCAACGAGUUGAUGUGUUUCUCCAGCGUUCUGAUGAGAGCAGAACUGUUCUCAGGACUCGUGGAACAAGUCGUCACCACUUUGAGAAGUCCUCCUUCUCAUCCUGGGCGAGGGGACGAGCCACAGAGCUCUGCUGUUCAGAUCGAUGAUGUUUAACGUGAGAUUCACUUCGGAACAGAACGUCUGUGAAGUGAGCGACUUCAGAGACACGUGAUCACGUUGUUUUAUAGUUUGUGUUGUUUUAUGGUUUGUGUUGUUUUAUAGUUUGUGUUGGAACAAGAGAUCUGUUUUAAUCAGGACGUUUCCUGCUCGUCAUCGAUCAGCUGACUCACACACACACGUUCACACAUUAUACUCAACAACUUCUCAGCUUCCACCUACUUUCAGGCUCAUUUACAGAUAUUAGACAUUUUUAUAAGUUUGAACUGGAAAGAAAUAUUAAUUGAUGCAAAUGACAUUUUUCCAAAUUAGAUUUAUUUAUAAUCUUCAAACAGCCUCUGAUGUGUAAAAACAAUCCCACAAACAUCAUUAUUAUGUUAAUCUAGAUUAAGUGAUAAUCCUGUUGAAUUAUAUAUUGACCACAACCACAGAAGAUAAAGAGCCUACACCCCCCACGUCCCGUUUUGUGCUGUGGAGACAUUUUAAAGGUGGAGACAGUAACAGACCACAGAAGAUUUUAAUACUUUUAUAGAUAACAAAAUGAAAAAACAAAUAAAAUGACCUUCUAAAUCAAAUCCAUCUUAAUUUAGUUUGAAAAGUGCUUUUAUUUUGGUAGCAAAUGUAGAAGAGGUUUUUGGUUGUUUUUCUAGUUUGUAUUUUGAAGGGAAAGGACAGGAAGUGGUUCUGCUGCAGAAUCCUCAGAUAAAGGCCACGAGUGAGGGACGAGAAUCUUUGGAUCAUAUCUUUGGAAAUGCAACGAUGUGAUUCAGACUUUUAAACAGCUGAUGUUUAUUAAACUGCUCUGUUCAUUUUUUUUAAUCUGUUUCACGAGGAACAUGUAAUGUUGUAUGAUCUCACUUUAUUCUUCUGAAACAUAACUUUCUUAUGAAAACUGUUUUUAUUGUGUUAAUUCAAAGUGUGUAGAACAUUUAGUGGAAGAGGAAGCAGCAGCAGUUUGUCUUCAGUUGUUCACACAGUUCGUGAAUAUGUGUAACAAUAAAAGACUCAUUGAUAAUAAAUGUAAAUGUUUACGUUCAGAAA